UGAUUAUCAGCAUAGUUCAACGUUCAUCAGCGUGCCAGUAUGAUUACUACAUUCGUUUUGCUCUGUUGCCUGGCGGUUCUGGUAUUGUACGUUCUCUCCUCACUGUUCCUGCUACGGAACCCGCAGAUCCUUCACACCAGGAAGCAUCUGGCGUUCUCCGCUCGGAACAUAGCACACAGAGGAGGGGCUGGAGAGAGGAUUGAGAACACCGUGGAGGCAUACACUCAUGCUGUUGAGGUGGGAGCAGACAUGUUGGAGCUGGACUGUCACAUGACUAAGGACGGUCACGUGGUCGUGUCACAUGAUGAGGACCUCAGAAGACAGACAGGAAAGGAUGUCAUGAUCUCUUCAUUGAACGUGCAGGAACUGCCCCUCUAUAAAGAGAGACUGGAGGUGACGUUCAACACAGGUCAGUUCAGCACGGGACAGGACAGGAAGUUUGCGCUGUUAGAGGAUGUCUUCAAGACAUUCCCUACAAUUCCCAUCAACAUCGAGGUCAAGGUGGAGGACGACACGCUCAUAGAAAAGGUUGCAUCUUUGGUAAGGUCUUACGGGAGAGAUGCCAUCACUGUAUGGGCCACAGAAAGCAAUGACCUCUUGUCCAAAUGCAGGAAACAGAACUCAGCCAUGCCGUUCAUGUUCACCUUGAGGAGAGGCCUUAUGCUGCUGCUAUUCUUCUACACUGGUCUGCUACCCUUCAUACCACUGAGAGAAAACCUGCUGCAGUUCUACCUGCCCAGAGUCUUCAACAGGAAGUACAUUCCAGACGAGAGCCUCCUGCGACACAGACUGGUCAUCUUCCUCAUAGAGAAGCUGACCAUGAGAAAGGCUUUGUUCGAGCACCUGGUGAAAAGAGGAAUCGAGGUGCAGCUGUUUGUGUGCAACGAAGACAGCGACAUAGAGGCCGCCUUUGCAGUGGGGGCGACAGGAGUGAUGACAGACUACCCCUCCCUCUUAUCCGACUGGCUGCGGAAACACCCCAACAUUCCACCCCGCUCUGUCAUCCAGGCUAAAAAUCUGUGACCUUACAAACACACACACACACUCACACAAAUACAGACAUACAUACACACACCACACACAAAGACAUAGACACAUACACACACACCACAUCUCUCUAUGUACACAGAUGUACCUCAACCUUCACCCAGUGACUGAGAGCAGCUCUCCCUGCCACAGGCUUCACUUCAGAGGCUACUGAACACACACACACACACACACACACACCCCCACACACACACCCAUAAUCCCCCACCCAGUGACUGCCGCAGGACUCCCUGUACUCAUACACACAGAGCUCAACUGAGCCUUUCAUCACCACAGAGGCUUCAGUUCAGUGGCUAACACUCACACACACACACACACACACA